CUUCCUCUCACAUGUCCCUGUUUUCAUUCCUCUCUGCAGUGACGCUGCUGUAUCUCCUCCCUGACCAGAGCUGGGCACAGCCGAGGGCUGAGGGCUGCCAACAACAAUAGCAUCUGACCGGCAGAAUCCGACAUGGCCGAAGCUGAGAUACCUGAAGAUGUUGCGUCUGGACCAGCGGCCCCUGAGACCCCGCCAACCCCGGAAUCUCUGCACUUCACCGUCGCCAUCAUUGGACCGAGGGGUUCCGGAAAGACCACGCUAGUCCGAUCUCUUUGUAACCGCACCGAGCAGCUCAGUGCUAGCUUCUUGGACUCUUAUUUUAGGGGGGAGGACGGAGAACAUGGAGCCCAGCAGCACACUUACCCACCACUGCCCAACGUGACUCUCCUCGACUGCCCAGGGUAUAAACCUGGCGACCCUGCCUCUGUAUACAUAGACAGCAUCAAGCCUGACGGGGUGCACUGCCUGGUGCUAACAUUCGGGGAGACCGUCACUGACGCAGACCUGCAGCUCCUGGGGGCCACAAAACAUUUAGGGAAACCCGUCUGUGUAGUGCAAACCCAUACUGACCUCACCCUGCACACAGAAAAGAGACAGCAGGGGAAGGGUUACUGGAGGGGGCAGACGCUGACGGCCCUGAGGGGUAAAGCGCAGGAGCAGCUGGGGGGACUCGGACUGCCAGGGUCCGGUGUCUUUCUGGUGUCCGGUCUAGAACCCCAGAACUACGACUUUCCAGGAAUGGUGGAUUACAUCGAGAAGGAGAUCCUGCAGUGGAAGAGGCCCGUCCCUUUCACCACUGAACCCCAAUGUCAAGAACUGGUGUCGGUGUUUGAGGUGCAGUGUGACCAGGAAGGACUUUCCGAGUUCUGCUCGCUGCUCAGCAUCUUCUUGGACAACCCUCCUCCGGUCUCCGCUGUGGUGGGCGUGACGGGCAGCGAUAAAGAAGCCACAGUCACCGCUCUCUGUGAACCGCCGCUUUCAGGCCUGGUUGUGAAACCCCUCCCUGGUCCCGGGACACCCCCCAUGUCGGUGGAGCAGUACCUGCAGAACCUGCAGUCCGAGGCCUGUGACGUCUACUUGAUUCUGGCCUCAGGGAUGGACAACAGCUCCCGCGCCAUACUAGUGGAAGCCUUGGUGGCAGCGGGCAAACACUGCAUGCUGAUUGGUGGAGAAGGAGAUAAGAGGCACAGACAGGAUGCCAAGGGGCAGGAGGAAGGGGGUAAAAAGUGCCAUCCUGGGACAGACUUACCUGGACUGAGGUUAGCGUUGGAGAAGGGAGCACCACAGUUGGUGAGGGAAAGGCUGCUUCAUGCCAUCCCCGGCAUCAUUGCCCAGCUGGUACGACGUGAGCGGAGGAGGCUGAUGAUGGCGAUAUAUGAGAUCUGCCUGGAUCUGUGUGCCAGGGCAAGUCAAGGGCAUUUACAAGACGCCCUGGCCACCAUGUCCUCCACGCUGUCCUCGUUCCGCGCACGUUACGGUCUGGAUGAAGAUUCCUUAACCCUGAUAUCCCAAGUGACGGGGUGCAGCACAGAGGACCUGCGUACUGAGAUUCAGUGCCCCCUGGCACAAGAUCCGAGUGCGGAUCAACUGCUUCAACUGACCUCCCAACCGCUUUCCCUGACGGAGCUCGUCUGGAGUUAUGUGCCACACUGGGGCGGAGGAGAAGAGACCCCCACCAGACUGUCUCCAGACCGUACCUACCGGCUACUGGUGGAGGCCGUAUGGGGCAUGGCGGAGGAUGCGGAGAGGGUACUGCUGCAUGGGUGUACCAAUCAGAAGGUGGCAAAAGAAAAGACUGCCUUCUGCCACUGGCCCUGUGUGUGAUCUCGUUUCUCCAGAGCCGUGGCCCCCAUAUUUAUGCUUCGAUGUACCUGUGUCUGGGUGGCAAGCUUGGCAUCGCCCUAAACCCCAUAUAGAAACAAUAGUGCCCAUAGUAGUAAUAGGAGGAAUAAAAUAAACCUGUGCAUUGUCCUCAUUGUGUAGCGUGCCUGCAGUUGACCUGGGCACCAUGCAUGGAGCUACUUCCGUCCACCUGCCAACGUGAUACCUGGGUGUUGUGUAUGCCAGGCUCCAGCUUCCGUAGCUGUAUAGAAUAGGAGGACGGAGAUGGAGGCACAUGGAGUUCUUUCACAUCCUACCACUACUAUCACUGACUAUGCCAGGGGGACCCCGAAAAUAAUCCACGCAACCAUGUGGGAGAAUACCGCCACAAUAUGCCGUAUAGCAGUACAGCCCCUACAUUAUACCGGGACCAGAUAUUAUCCCAGCUCCAUAUAGAAUACUGCCCCAGCCGUGGCACUUGUGUGCCGCAAUCAUGCCCCAUAGCAGUGCCUGCCACACAGCUGCGGUAUUAUUGUGGCAGGCAGUAGACUAGUACAGUUUCCGCACAGUAGUCCCCGUCCACCAGGUUGUGUGUAGAGUCAUACAGUAGUAUAAUGGGGGAUAGACAGCAAUGUCUGCUCCGUUGAGGCCCCCGGAUUGCAAAGUGAUAUGGUAUAUAAGUACAGGAUAGGGCGAUAUAUAGAAACUGUGCCCACCAUAGCAUUACAGUAUGUACAUGGCAGACCGCGUCAGGCCCGUGCACAGUAGUAGUGCCGCACAACUGUCCACACUGGGAUCGGUUGUCUGAUUGCUGCCAGUUGUAAAGUCUGUACUCAUACAUACGGCCACAGGAGCGGAGGAUGGCCAGGAGUGUGCGGUAGUAAAUGGCUGCAUUCUGCAUGUGCGUACGCGGCUACAGUGGCUAAACUUCAGCAAUCUGCUUGAAAAACAGUCGUCGCCACACGUCCAUAUGUCCUCGCACCGUGGCGCGCAGGUGUC